GCACAGUUAUUUGUAAUGUCAGGGGUUGCAGACUAAAUCAAUAACAGUUACAGUACAUGUGAAUAUAUUGUGAAGCGCAGGAUAUGCUUGUGUUUAGGUUUGGUGUCAUCCUGACACCGUCGUGUUCAGAUACCGAGAUGUUUGUGUUGGGCUCACGCCCGGAGAUGGGACACUGGGAUCCGAACCGAGCCAUAAAGAUGAAGUCGAGCCGCACGGUUCUCUCCACCUGUGAGCCGUGUCUUUGGACCGGUGAUGUACAUCUCUCAAAGCCGUACACAGAUAAACUAUGGUUUAAAUUUAUAAAGCGGGUCGAUGGGCGCUACAUUUGGGAAGGAAACGGUCCAAGUCAUGACAGAGAGUGUGUGUAUGAUGACAUUGAUAUGGUGAACGGGGUGUACUGCCAUCCGAUUGGUCACUGGAUUGAGGAGACUGGCCACACCGAUGAGAUGAUACACACCACCAACUUCUACUUCAGUGUGGCGGGACAGCAGGCCAUCCACUUUUCUCAGGUUCUGCCUCGGGUCUGGUUGGGCAGCUGCCCCUGUCGGGUGGAACAUGUAACUCUGAAGCUGAAACAGGAACUGGGCAUUACCGCUGUAAUGAACUUUCAGACAGAGUGGGAUAUCGUGAACAAUUCACACGGCUGCCGUCGGGACCUCAGUCAGCCCAUGGCCCCAGAAACCAUGAUGCAUCUGUACAGAGACUGUGGCCUUGCUUACAUCUGGAUCCCUACUCCAGACAUGAGCACAGAGGGUCGCAUACGGGUGUUACCUCAGGCGGUUUUUCUGCUCUACGGGCUGCUGGAGAAUGGUCACACAGUAUAUGUUCACUGUAACGCAGGAGUGGGCCGUUCCACAGCGGUCGUGUGUGGCCUUCUUAUGUACGUGAUAGGCUGGACCCUCAGAAAGGUGCAGUACUACCUCACUGCCAAAAGGGCGGCAGUCUAUAUUGAUGAGGAAGCACUAGUGCGGGCUAAAGAUGACUUUCUCAAGAAAUUUGGACGACAGGGAACUUCUGUCUGCUGCCCAGAGACAUGAGAAUAAUGCUCUCUGCUGGAUGGCAACCUAAAAACAAUUUAGGGAAAGUAGUUUUGAGACUUUUUUUAAAUAUAUAUUAUUCAGGCAAUGAUGCCUUAAGAUGGCCUCAGCAAAAUCCCUUGGAUUUAAAAAUUCCUGACCGAUUAAGAUAUCUGGUUGCAGUACACACAUAAGGAGAAUCUUGACAGAAAAAAAGUCUUGGCACAUCACACACUACAGGAGAAUAUUGAGAUUACAGUACCAGUAGAUGCAUGCAUGGCUUAAUGUAUGAGUAAUGUAUUUUGUGGAAGUCAAGCGUUCGUUUUGACGUAAUAAUUUGCUUUGUAAUUUUGUACACUUCACUAAUGUAAUAUAAUUUAAGGUAGAUGAAAUGCACAUGAUCAGUUCGUUCAAUUUAAAAUACUGGGGAAAAAACAAAAACAAAAUUUGUUUCAGAAAUGUAAACACAAUUGUACUUCUUAUACCGAAAAAGCUCAGCUUUCCCAUUUACUUCUAUGUGUCUAGUGUGUUUUUACCCUAAUUUAUAUGGCGGCGUCAUUGACGCAUCGCAGCAUCGGAGCGAAUAUUCCAAUGACUCGUCUAUUAUGUUUCAUGGUCAUUAGGAUAUUGAGGAAGAAAUAAACCUGAAGAAUAUAAUUA